UGUGUGGUGGGUCAGUUGAGCAAGACGUGUCGCUGCUACCACAACACCGCUACGGUAGUGUGCUAUCACGCGGUCCCACGUGAAGACGCAGGGUUUUCUAGACUAUAAAGUCUAUAGGCCCUGAGGACUGUUCACACUGACCCCAGUCCUCCUGAUAUACACCGCUGUUUUGAUACUGAAAUUCUGUGAUACUUGUCUGUGAGCGGUCAUGUCGGUAGCGGAGGAGUGCCUGGUGGUGGCACAGGAGCUGCCACAGGUGCCUGAGGUCGCCGACACUGGCUCCACCACCGUCGUCACAGACACUGUCGUCGUAGACUCUCUCGCCGUCUCCGACAGUGUCGUUGUUACCUUUAAGAUAGAAGCAGAGAGUGACAAGCCGACGGGCGGUCGGCAGGACCGCCUGACGGCGCAAGUCUCCCUCCCGACGGAGCUGGUCUCCAAGCUGGGGCGUCAGGACUCAUGCGAGAGUGUGGGCAGCAUGGAGGAAGAGGAGGGCAUCCAGGCAGACUCCGCCCCUGAGGGCCCAGACCCUGAGGGUCAGGAGGCGCAGGAGGGGUCUGAGCUGGAGCCUCGCUCGGAGAGGUCCUCCAGCGUAGUUUCUGACGGCAGCGAGGAAGGUGGUCGGGAUUCCGGCAUCGAGGCCGAGCGGGAGCCCGACAUGGUGGUCCCCGACGAGGACCUCAUGACCCGCAUCGUGGCCCAAGUCGAGUUCUACUUCAGCGACGCCAAUGUCGCCAAGGACAAGUUUCUGCUCAAGCAUAUCCGUCGCAACAAGGAGGGCUACGUCUCGCUCAAGUUAGUGUCCUCCUUCAAGAAAGUGAAACAGCUGACGAAGGACUGGCGCGUGGUAGCCCAUUCCCUCAACAAGUGUUCUUCCAAGAUCCAGAUUAACGACGUGGGCACAAAGAUCCGUCGAGUGGACCCACUACCAGACCUGGAGGAGGUGCCAGUGACCUGCGCAGUCCUGGUCCUCAGUCUGCCACUAGAGAAGCCCAGCAUACAGUCUGUCUCAGAGUUGUUUUCCUCGUGCGGGGAGAUCGCCUUCAUCCGGGUGGUGCGUGUGGGCAGUGCCAUCCCUCAGGACCUUAAGUCCCUGGCCACCAAACACCCAUCACUCACUGGCACUAACUGCGCCUGGGUGGAGUUCGAGACACCAGAGGCUGCCAAGGCGGCCACCGACAUGUCCAGUGAGGACGGCAUGAAAGUAGUGCCCAUCCUGACCGAGUCACAUGAAGAAGCAGAUAAGACUCAACAACAGAAGACCUCACAGCCGAACAGUCGUAAAAACAGCGUGAUUAACAACCAGCAACAGAAGGGCCCCGCCAGCCGCAAGAACAGUACCGUGGGCAAGUUCCGCAAGGACAGCAACAGCGGGACUUCGGAGAGUGACAGCGGCCAGCAGUACCAGCGGUACCCUCGCCGCAAGUGCCUUUCACUGCCUCAGACACAAUCUCCAAACCUAAAAGAGUUGUCCGCGGUGGUCGAGGCUCGCAGGAAUCGCCCCAAGAGCAAGUCCUGCACAGAGUUCCAGCUGGGGUCUCCACCCUCCUCCUCCUCCUGGGUUGAGGCAUCCCUCGCCGCCGUGCUCGUUGCGGCCUCGCGGCGUCUCCAGUGUAGGGUCACGACCCAGUCACCGACCACAGGUGUCGCAAGGAUCAUACAACUACCGACGGCGUCGUCAGGUUCCCAAGGGUCUGACGGCUCUAAAGGUUCAACGCUGACGCCAGAGUCGCAAAGCAAUAUGAAGAGAACAGCAGUAGCAAGAGUAGUUAUUUGA